AUGUACUUGGUGGGUAGCGUGAGUUCCAGAGAAUAUUAUGGGAUUCGUAUUAAUCCUUCUGUAACUGGCAUUCCAGAAGAAGACAAAUUGAAUAAGAUGUCAAACAUCCGAUCACGUAUUGAGUGCUUUUCUUUCUGUAUGACAAAUUCCAAAUGUGGUAUGAUUAUUUACAGCGGUUCCGAGAGAGUAUGUAUCCUACGUAAAAUCAAGCAACUACCUGGUGCCCCAUCAUUUAUCGACAUUCCUCCAAACAGUAUUUACACCAUGCUUCAAGCCCCUGAAUGUCCAACGUCAGACAGCUACACUUAUCAACCAGAAUUUAGAUUAUGUUAUCAAAUAAAUUCAAAUAAAAUGUCAUGGAAUAACGCUGCAGACGAUUGCAAUGAGAAACGAGGACAACUUAUUCACAUUAGAAAUUUAGAAGUAAUGCUCUAUCUACAAGAAAAAUUGAAACAGUGGCCAGACGUGAGCUUUCAUUUUGGAUUAUGUAGAGAUAUUGAUAAGUACCUCUUGGUAUGGCAGAAUGGAGAAGCACUUACGUUUGGAUUCUGGCAGAAGAAUAGACCUGACAAUUAUGGAGGCGAUCAGCACUGUGGAGUUUUAACUCAUUAUA